AGAUAACAAAAGGUGAGUUGAUCGGAAUAAUAUUAAUUGUUAUGUAAUAAUUAAGAUUCUUUGAUGAUAAUGAAAAUUAAUUGAGUUGUAACCAUUGACCAAAUUAACGGAAAGAGAGAGAGGCGGGUUAAUUGUGCUACACCACAAUGACGGUGGAUAAUGGAAGAAACCAGAAUUAAAUUGUUAAUUUCCCCCGUUGACUUAUUGUUAACCAUCAAUGAGACAAUCCAACUCAAUUGGAACCAAUUUAUUUCUGGUUUUAGUGUUUUUUUUUCAAGUUGCAAUCAAAUUACAAUCAAAUCAGUAAGAGGUUAGGUUAAGAUUAUGUUUCAAUUUCUGUGUUAAUUGUUACCAAAUUGUCACUAUGAUAUUACAUCAACAACAACAACGACAAAUCAUGUUAAUCAUCAUAUUUAAGUCUAGUGAUUACAAGAAUUAAUUAAUCUUUUUUGCUAUAGUUUUCCAUUCAUUUUCUUAGUGAUUAAAAUCAAUUUUAUUAUCAACAAUUAGCCAAUAAAGUAAUGGCAAAAUCAACCAAACCAAUUUAUCUCAAGUUAAUCAAAAUCUACAUAAUUGUGUCCAUUACAUUUUCGCAAUAUUUUAUCAAUAUUAUUGUAAAUGGAGGUCGAAGUCUGGGAAAUAAGAAGAAAGUUGUAAUAAUCGGGGAAAUGGCAGAUAUGUACGAUUUCUUGGCCAAUUCGAGUCACGAUUCUGAUCAGCAAGAUACAUCACCUUAUAUCGACCCAGCUGAGGAUUAUGAUGAUAAUCGUUGGCACCGAUAUCCAUCACGAUAUAGCAAGAGACGAGGUCAAUCUCCACAGAAAAGCGUCUUCGUCCCUGUGGCUGCGUAUUCAGUGACCCAUAGUCGAGCCCCUGGACCAUCUAGAAUGGGCUCAAUUAAACGGAUGAAACAUUUUCGUGAUCGCCAUUCAACAAUGUAUCCAUCAGCAUCAACUCCUGGACGAACUACAGAAAGUGCCGUCUAUGGUUACCUUAAUCGGCCAGAGAUUGUUGAGUUUCGUGGUCAAUAUUUCUAUGGACCUAAUCCAGUUCCUUCCUCGAGUAGCUUACAUGCCACAGCCGCAAGUUCAGAGCAGCCAUUUAUCGCACCCCCAGCAAUUACUGGGAGUAAAAGUACUCAACGAACAGGACUUGGUCCCGGUGGACUACUUUUAGCAACUUUACCCCUUGUUUUAGCACCAAUGUUAAGUUACCUGUUCACUCCGAUGAUUAUCCCGGUGACAGCGACAAUCGCUGCAGGAAGAAAACGUCGUCGAAAACGUGAUCAAUCAUCACAAUUUAAUUUAACUCUUCCAACAAGUGAUUUCACUCUAAUGGAGGAACCAAAUGUAAUUCCAUUAAUCGAUUUAACCAAACAAAAUAUAACCAAAAUGAAAGAGGGAAAAAGUGACAAUGAGACAACAUCAGCAAUCAAUAACGAUUGGAGUAAAAUGGAAAAUACAAAUCAACAAUUAAAGAUUGUCGCUGAUUUCCUUCAAAAGGUUCAUUUUAACGAGAAGGAUAGAGACCAAGCGAUGGCGAAUUACUUACAAUGUGAUGGACUUUUAUCAUCGAGUGACCAUUGCCUCGAACGACUUGGGUGCGAAUUUAGUGACCCAAAUAACCGAGAAGCACCGAUCUUAGAUCGUUCGGUAACAUCGAUCAUUUUAAGUCACAUUUUGAGUAAUCAAUUUGUGAGCAUCAAAUUCAAGGAAACUCUUAAAUCAGCAGCAAUUUACGGGAAGGAUAAUCCUGGUAAAUGUUUCAAAUACAAAUGUAGUAAGAUCAAGGAGCCAAUUGCAAUCAUGAAACCAAGGAAAUGAAUCAACAAUUAAAUCCUAACAAUGUAUAGAAACAAUCAACAAAUCUCAAUUGUUUUCUCUUCCCGAUAUUAAUUUAAUUAACCUGAAUUGUCCUAAAAAAGUUUCUUUCAUCAUAAUCUCAUCCAUGUCAUUUCAAUCAUCAUGAUCAUCAUUUGUCAUUAUUAUUUAAACAAACAAAUUAUUCAAAGGAAUUAAAUUUAACCGUAACA